GUUCGUAGCAUGUUCCACUCAGACUCACAACAACAGUCAAAAGUCAAAAGUCACACACUCGUCAGAUUCGCGAGCGGCAAUCGUGUUGCUGGCUUCGCGUUUCGGACGUCGAGCGUUCUGUCGAGUUUGCUAUCAUCAUCUGUGCAUCAUCAUCAAGGCCGUCACGCCGCUCUCCUGCCAUGACCGGACAAGGAGCUUCGCAUCAGCGAGAGCUACUAAACUCAGCUUCUCCGGACAUCAUAGCUGCUAGGGUGGAUGCUCAUCACUCGCAGCUUCGAGACGUGGUACAAUUGGGAUCCGAUGAUGACACUGUAAUCUACCUCAGCGCCGAGAAUGUGUGCAUCGCCGACUUUUCGACAUUGAAGCCGCCGACCACUCUUGCAGCGCUGGACUUUCCUGCUGUAUGCCUGCGGACCGGGUCGGGCAUCAUGGCUGCUGGCGGACAACACUCCGAGCUCGCCUUGCGACCACUGCCAUUGUCGACCCGAGCGGCCAACACGCAAUGUUUGCAAGGAGAAACGCCUAGCUCCACCCUCAGCGUCUCUCCAGCAGCAGCAGAGUCAUCUAGGUCUUCGCCUUCGUCUGCCCUGCUCGGCUCGACUCAAUCUCAGCAUAGUCGUGUCUUGCCUGGUUCCAGCUCUGGAACACCACUUUGGCGGCUAUGCACGCCUACUGGUCGCAGCAUCAACAAUAGCAUCUUCAUUGCACCUCCCACUGUCCUCUCACGUGGUUCCUCGAGCUCAGAAAUCACGUCUGGCAGAGCAGAAGCCAUCGGGCAAAGCGGCCACAAUCCCCUUCAUCCCUCCCAAAGACAAGAGCAGCGCAGAGCGCCCAGCAGUCUGUUCUCACGGCACGCGUUAGACACCGAGCUCGCGCGAGACGAAGAUGCGGCGGCAGCCUAUGGGUUCACGAUGCACGAAUUGUCGAGGCGGCGCGAAUCGCGGGCUGGCGGAAGUCGUGCGGGGGAGGAAGGGAUUGCACCUCUUUCUAGCGCUCGUCGCAUCCUUUCGGACGAGAGUGUGAGCGCAGAAGACGAUGAUCAAGUCGAUGAAGACGACGAGGAAGAUGAUCUCGAGGAUGAGAUCGAAAAUGAGACUGAAGUCAGCGCGAGGGUGGAGGGGCAUGAGAUGCAACCCACGCCAAACAGCGGGGGCGCAGUGCUCUUCGUGUCGAACAAUGAUCAGACCCUGCGCUGUUUCCGACUGCGUCCUGGCGCGGGCUCCAGCAGUCGGAUAGACACUGGACUGCCAGGACUGACCAGAGUUCGAACGGUCUCGUUUCCUACAGCCAUCAAUCACUCUUCGCUGAGUCCAGACGGGCGCACGCUUGUCGCUGUCGGAGACACCGCAGAGGUGUUCCUCUAUCACAUGUCAACUUCGGGCACUUUCGAUCACAUCAAAACUUUGAUGGCGAGCACAGACGCGUCAUUUUCCACCACCUGGAGUCCCGACGGAAUGAAGUUCGCGGUCGCUAGUCAAGACGGUGUCAUCAGCAUCUGGGACGUGCGGUCCAAUCGCUGCGAAGCACAGCUGUACACUUCUCAAGAUGCUCAGAUUGGCCCGGGCGCGGCAAGGGUGGUGAAGUGGAGCCCGCGGGGUGAUCUGCUGGCUUACACUGAACACGAAAACUACUUUCAUGUCGUCGAGACCACAACGUUCAAGGGCACCCAACGAAUUUCUGUCGCUACGCCUUCGGCCCGUCCAGAAUCAGAGCGGUCACCUCGGCGCAGCGCAGCAGCCGCAUCUUCUCAGUCGAGCAACCCGCGCGGUGAUAUGGUGAUAGGUGCAGAAAGCACCACUUCUGCUCCGCUUUGGUCUCGGGGCUCUAGGACUUCUGCGAGUGCAGCAUCCAAUCUUGUGCGCUCCUCUAGAGCCGGGGGUCGUACCGAGCUCUUAGGAGGCGGCGUCGCCUUGCAGACCACAAGUCUCAGAGACGCUUGGGAGGAAGCAUUGCCCAUUGUGAGAGCAUAUAGCGGUUUUGGGCCGGGCUCGAGCGUGAUCUGGCCCACUGCAGAGUCGCGUAGACAAAGGGACCGAAACAAGACCAUCGCUGGGCUUACCUGGGACUCCAAAGGAGAAAGCCUCUACGUGGCUAGCGAUACUCACAUUAUGAGAUAUCGCGUCGUGGAGCUCCGCAGAUCAUUUGCCGCCCCGGAUCAGAUGCGGUAGCGCAUAAAGUGUCAAUCUGUCUUUUCGGGAGGCAAGCUGUCAGUUUGAACUCGAUCGUGUCACCCAUCAUAACCUGUCUCGGCGCCUGUGUACCACUACUUUCUCUCUCUAUCUCUCCAUGUGUACUUCUUUUGCCACGAAUGAUCCGGGCAUCUCACGUUUUGUGUUCCAAUGAACCUCCUUUCAAG